AAUGUGUUUCUUUCUUGCCUUAUGCAGCUUUGCAUCCUCUGUUAUUCCAAAUGACUUUGCCUCUUCCAGUAAAUGUGAUUAACUAAGGAGGAGGAGGGGAGCUGCAUUUGGCAAUCUAGGGAAGGCAGACGAAUUGACGAAUUGCUUUGCAUGUGGUACAGUACAUCCUGGUCACAAGCUCCAGUUAUCAGCUCCAACACGUUAGAAAAUUGUUCAGUUGGAUGCAGGGAAGCUGAGAGCACAGAGGCAGAGGAAAAAAUUAGCAGGGGAAAAUUUUACCAGCUGCUGUCUGAAGGUAGUGGAUGCUAUACAGUGCUGAGAAGGAAGGCAAUGAAUGUUGCAUGUCGAGCCAUCUAUUGCUAUUGAAGAACAGAAUUGCGACGUCGUCUUGGAAACCGAAAGCAAGAAUCCAGACAGCACAUUGUUCUUAGUGGUCUCACCCAAGCAAAUCAAUGAAAGAAGCCAUGCCUGUCCUGUCAGCCGGCACAGGAUUGCAUGAAACUUUGGCGCUGUUGACAUCACAGCUCCGGCCAGAUGCAAACCAUAAAGAAGAUCUAGGCUUCCUCAAAGAUGUCUUCAGUGAGAAGAGCUUGACUUAUCUCAUGAAAAUUCAUGAGAAGCUCCAGCAGUAUGAACGUCAGAGCCCCACCCCCAUCCUCCACACCGCACACUCCCUAGCGGAGGAUGUGGCUGAAGAACUUCAGAGUGGGCCUAUGGGCAAUGAUGAGAAGGAACUGUUUCAGCUGUUAAAUGCUCCACAUCUCAAGGCUGUUCUCACAGUCCAUGACACAGUCGCUCAGAAGAAUUUUGACCCGGUCCUCCCUCCUCUCCCAGAGGACUUUGAGGAUGAGCUGGAGGAGGAGUCGGUGAAGAUUGUCCGUCUCGUCAAGAACAAGGAGCCUCUGGGAGCCACAAUAAGGAGGGAUGAGACCACAGGCGCAGUCAUUGUUGCGAGGAUCAUGCGGGGUGGAGCAGCUGAUCGCAGUGGUCUGGUUCAUGUUGGAGAUGAAUUCAGAGAAGUCAAUGGAAUUCUAAUCGUCCACAAGAGGCCAGAUGAAAUCAGUCAAAUCUUGUCUCAGUCUCAGGGCUCGAUAACAUUGAAAAUAAUCCCAGCAAUAAAAGAGGAGGACCGUCUGAAGGAGAGCAAGGUGCACAUGCGCGCUUUGUUUGAUUACAUCCCUGCGGAGGACAAAGCCACGCCCUGCCAGGAGGCCGGCCUGCCCUUCAAGAAGGGUGACAUCCUGCAGGUAGUCAGUCAGGAUGACCCCACCUGGUGGCAGGCCAAGAGAGUUGGGGACAGCAACCUACGAGCUGGGCUCAUACCUUCAAAGCAGUUCCAGGAAAGGCGUUUUAUUUACAGAAUAAAAAUGGGCACUCUGCCAAACCCCAAAUCUCCAAAACAUCCACUUUAUGACCAAGCUUGUGACAAAGAAGACUGUGACUGUGAGAGCUAUUUCAAUGGACAGUAUAUAGCUGGUCUGCGCAGAAGUUUUCGUCUGAGCAGAAAGGAGCGACAGAACACUCAAAACGAGGCCAAGCAGGCAGAGCCAAGUGAACCGGAGUUGCUGACCUAUGAAGAGGUCACAAGGUACCAGCAGAGGCCUAAUGAACGUCCCCGGCUUGUCCUCCUGAUUGGUUCUUUGGGAGCAAGGAUCAAUGAACUGAAACAGAAGGUGAUUGCUGAGAACCCUCAACACUACGGUGUAGCAGUGCCACAUACAACAAGAUCCAAAAAAAGUCACGAGAAAGAGGGGGUAGAAUAUCACUUUGUCUCCAAGCAGACGUUUGAAGCUGACACUCAAAAUAACAAAUUUGUCGAGUAUGGAGACUACAAAGAAAACCAGUAUGGGAUGAGCCUACAGGCUAUACGUUCAGUUCUCAGCAAAAACAAGAUGUGUUUGGUGGAUGUGCAGCCUGAGGCAAUAAAAAGCUUGCGAACAGCAGAAUUCAAGCCCUAUGUGAUCUUUGUGAAGCCUCGAGUACCAGAGGGCCAUCGGAGACGAAGUGCGGCCACUUCCUCCGGUACAGGAGAGCACGUCCGAUCAGUGGAUGAAGAGUACCAGGAAAUGCGUCAGUCGGCAGCUCUUAUUGAGAAGCAGUACGGUCACCUUGUGGAUAAAGUGCUGGUGAAAGACAACUCCCAGAGUGCCUGCUCUGAAUUGAAGAACAUCUUGGAGAGACUGGAGAGAGAGCCCUUCUGGGUCCCAUGCAGCUGGGUCAGGACCUAGUCAACACACCCGUUUUGUAUAGAAGCCAAUUAGGUGUUUUUCAUUUUAAACCUCAGAAUGGAAGCUGAACUGUACACGUGUUACUGGAUAUACAGUGCCAAUCCAAACAAAAAUACAGUGCCAGUCCUAAUACUGUGGCAGAAACGAUAUUGAAGUUGGUGUAAACUUACAGACUAACAGGGCAGCCUGCCUGCUAUGCAUUCAUGAUCCUGGAUCAACAGCUGGAGCCACUUUUGACUGUUCAAAGAUGCCUGUGAUCUUGGCUCAGUUUAUAUCACAACUGAGGGUUUGAAGAAUACGUUGCUUCAGAUUUCUUUUUUGUUUUACUGUUGUUGCCUUUUUUGAAGUUUGCAAUAAUUCUUAAUGGUUCUUAUCAGUUAAAAUGCUUUUACUAGGAGUUCAGGAGCUGCUCUUCAGUUGCAGUUGCCUGCAGUAGACGUAUGUAAUGUAGGCUAGAUCAGCCAAAGCGUCUUUAUACCAUUUAGUGCGUAGCAGUGUAAAGUUCAUUUGAUGGCACGGGUUACUCCUGCACUGAGACACAGACUUAAUUUAAAAAAUCACAGUAUUUGAGUUAUUAUAGAGAGCCACUCUGAAUUAUUGCAAACAUCAUAAGAGUUAGGGUACAGUAAAAAGAAAUGAAAUUGUAAGCUAGUGAUCUAUUUUUCAAACAAAUACAAAUUAGUAUUACAUCUGUCAUGUUCACUUAAAUAUUAUCUGUUUACAUUUUUAAUAUUUAAUAUAAUUUUCAACCCUUAUUAAGCUAAUAUUUACUGAAGCACCCUUCAUUAAUCUAUCCAUAUGUUUCAAGGUGUAUGGGGCACUGUACAGUACCUUAAAGUCUUUAUUCAAUUUUUGUUUGUCGCAUAUAUGCACUAUGUUAGGUCUAGGCUAUGGGUGAGCUGAGUUUCUGCUAAAAUGUUUAAUUUUAAUUUGGACUCCGAACAGUAAUUUGUAAUAGGAUUUAGCUGGGGAAACAAGUGACCAGGAGUAACCGCAUCUCCUGCACUUCUUUCCACUUUGUAGCUUUAUAAUAAGAACAAUAAUGAAUAAAUGCAAAUUAAACUGCCUCAGAAUGCUGCUGCAUUGAGCUGUUCUGUUCAAUCUAGUCACUCCAUCCUCCGAGUCACCCUGCAGGGCUCACACACUGGUAACAAUUAUUCUACCUGUGCAGUCUAUGUACUGGUUUAGGCAAUAUGGUCAAAAUUAGUUAAAGCUUUACCAACAAUACCGGUAGAUUUU